GGGGCUCUGUGCAGUGUGCAUCGUGUUCUGUUAUUAACAUUAGGGCAUAAGAUUUAAAAUUACAGCGUAAUUUUAAGAUUUAUGAUUCAAAAUUUAUGACUUGAGAUUAUGUUUGAAAACGAAAAACUAGACGUGAAGUAUUUUUACUCUUAUUCAAUAAUAUGAGAUAUGUUUGAGUACAAAUAUGUUAUAAAGAGUCAUGCUAUUAUCCGGAUAUAGAAGUAGUGGAAUGUACAAAGUAAAGUUUAUUUUAUUUUGUAUAACAAUUAUAUUUCUUAUUGGCUGUUUUAUAGCGAUUUCAUCUUUGCCCUCAGAAGAAUGCAAUUGCAAACGAGAUAUUCCUGGGAGCAAAUCAAAGUUUAAUCCUAAACAUAAACUUGGAGUCAUUGUGCCUUUCCGAGAAAGAUUUGAAGAACUGCUUGAAUUUGCUCCUCACAUUCAUGAUUUUAUAUCUAAACAAGGAAUUAAUCACAAGAUUUAUAUCAUCAAUCAGGUGGACCAGUACAGGUUUAACAGGGCCUCCCUCAUCAAUGUUGGGUUUCUAGUGGCAGUAGCGGAAGGUUGCGACUACAUAGCCAUGCAUGAUGUAGACCUUCUGCCACUCAACCCUAGCCUGUCAUACAACUACCCUAGUGUCGGCCUGUUCCACAUUGCUUCACCAGAACUACACCCCCGCUACCAUUACCCUACAUUUGUUGGGGGAAUUUUGCUGGUUAAAAAAGAGGACUUUGAAGCUGUCAAUGGGAUGAGCAACAAAUACUGGGGUUGGGGUUUGGAAGAUGAUGAGUUCUAUGUGAGACUGAAGGAAGCAGCCAUAAAUGUAUCUCGUCCAGUAAAUAUCACCACUGGUAUUGAAAACACCUUCAGACACAUGCAUGACCGUGUGGUUCGUAAGCGUGACAUGACCAAAUGUUUCAAUCAGCGUGAGGUGACCCGACGGCGAGACAGACAGACAGGGCUGCGUGACGUAUCCUACAGCAUACAAGCACGCCGCACAUUGAUGAUUGACAAUGCUGCAGUCACAGUGGUCAAUGUGGCCCUACGGUGUAACAGAACCGUGACUCCAUGGUGCUUGUGUAGCGAGGAGAAAAAAUCUAGCACUGCCAACCUAGCAAAGGUGAAAACUGUAAAGAAAGAACCAGCCAGAUGAUCCAAGGGGAAACACUAAACACCCAGAGGUGUUAGAUUUGUUGAAAACGCCCUGUGUAACCAGGUAUUUUAAUUAUGUUAAAUGUGUUUUUAUCUUGUUGUUAAGUGGCAGUACUGAGCAAUUAACUGAAGUAAACUAAGCAUUUGUGCCAAAAAAUGUUUGUUAAUUACCUGAGAGCAACUUUAAUUUCAACAUUUAUAUACUCAUACUCUGUGUGUUGUAUCUGUGAAAAAAAUCAGACUUUAGAAAAAAUAUUCAUUAAUAUACAUCUACAUACGGUUAUACCAAUAGUCAUUAGGAGGUAAGACAGAUUACAAUACAUUUUAAUUUUAUUAAUGAAUUACUUUUUUAAGAUGAAACUAGGCCUUCCUGUAUAAUUGGGUUGAACUAUAAGAGUUUCUGGGCUUCAUAGUUUAGCUAAAUUUGUAGCCUAUGAAAAUACUUUUAAUGUACGUUGAAAGAUAAGACUCAUGUAGGGGACCACGAUAACAACAAUAAGUUUGGAGCUGAUGUUGAUUAUAAACAACUUAUGAUGAACUUUUGAAUGAUGAUGAUUUUUUUAGUAUACUUUUGUGACAUUUUAUGACACUUUAUAAUAUUGCAUGUGGCUUCUUGUAGUUGUAAUCUAUUACUGUUUGCUAACAAUUCCAAAGCUUUCAUAACUGUGAACAGCUUGACAAAGAUAAAUCUCCUGUACUUUUUGUAAUGACAAUAAGUAUGUCAAACCUAAAAGAAUUUUAAAAUAUGUGAUGUGGAAAGCGUAAAGGGACCUCUUGUUGGUCGGCUAUGCAACAUUUUCAGUACAUCCGAUAUAAGUA